AUGUCCAGAAGGCGCCUCCGUGUUGUUUGCUCCUCCGACGAAGAAGACGAAGAACCAAAGCCGCCGUCUCCCCCUCCGCCACCACCACCGCAGCAACACCACUACGAGAAUGUAGAGGACAUUAUAAUCGACGAUAUCGAUACCGAUUUUCAAACAGUAACAAUCAAUUCCUCAAACCCUACUCCGAGCAGCAACUACUCAACCACCAACAGGAACGAUGUCCGCAUAGAAGAACCGAUUCCUAUUGACAUCUCGGACGAGGAAGGCGAAAAUGUCGUCAUCAGCGGAGCCACUAACGAUUCCAGCUUCCACAGUGGUAGAAGUACUGGUCAAUUUGCGACGUCAGAAUCUCCAGUGAAUGCGGUUUUGGAAAAUCUAGGGCUUAGAAUGAAGAAAGAAUGGCUGGAUUCUUGUCUGCGUAGUCUUCAAUCGUCAGUCACGGGGUUUCAAAGGAUGGACGAUUUAGCAAAGGCAAAGCUUUGCUUCGAGCAGUUCCUGCGCUCGGACAUGAAUUACUCAGGGGCAGGGGUGCUCCCCCGGGACGUGCAUACCUUGCACUUGGUUGAUCUAAAGGGUCCUUUUGUUUUGCAGGUUGAUGAGAUAGUCAAUAUCAGCCGACCUAUACGUGGUAGAUACCAAAGUUCUGUACCAGGAAGCAUGAGGUGUCUCAAAUUGUCAAUGACAGAUGGUGUCCAGCGUGUGUUUGGCAUGGAAUAUAGGCCUAUCAACAGUCUUCAAGUGUUGGCCCCAGCAGGAUUAAAGGUGGUUGUCUGUAAUGUAAAUAUUAGGCAUGGGCUGUUAAUGUUGGUACCUGAAGUUCUUGAAGUUUUGGGGGGCAGUGUUGAGGAGAUGGAAGCUGCACGACAGAGGCUUGUUACUGAAAUAAAUAAGCCACCGCGGGGUAAAAGAAAUAGGUCGGGAGUGGUGCCUCCUCUUGCUACUAGAGCAACUCUUGCUGCGUGGCCACCACUUAAUAAUGAUGUUCCAGGGCAUGUUGAGAGGAACAGUAGUAUGAAUACAAGACCUCGGCAGGCAAAUACACAAGGAGCUUCGGCUAAUUUGUCUGCCCGUGAAACACAUGUACAAGCCUCUGGACCUCGAGAGGCUUCAAAUUAUUCUCGGCCAAACUCGUCAUCCGCACAAGAUCAAAAUGAGGUUCCAAGGCGUACCGAUAUGCCUGCACAUAUCCUAAUUUGCUUGCUUUCAUGUCCCACAGGAACUGCAUUUAGUAUGCCCUGUAAUGACAGACCCGGGCACGGCUUUGGAGUUCCUACGAGGAGUAAUCUUGAGCCUCGUUCAUUGCCUGAGGUGCACCCCGUAGAAAGAGUCACCAUUUCACAUAAUAUUAACGAAGCCACAACAGAUGACAUGUCACCUUCAAGGGAGAGUAGGCAAGUGACGCCUCCCAGCAACCCUGCCAGUUACACUUCUGGGGAAGAUGUAAAUGCUUCAGUCAGUAGACAUAACGACGAGCCCAAAGAAUUGUCUUGCCUACCUAUGGAUGUUGAGGAAAUACGUAUUCUGGAUGAGUUGGAACAUCAUUUUAUGCUUUCAAGAAACAAAGAUAUUCCUUUUACAUACUUGGCUACUCUAUCAGCAGAGUGCGCGGCAUUGGAAGAUGAAGCUUCUGUUGUUCGAGGGAAAAUAAAGUGCUUCUUGACAGCUGUUAAAGGAUUUCGAUACAGACAGGCUACGUAUGAGCUACGAAUUCACAUUGAUGACGGAAGUCUAAUCAAUGAGAUUCUUGUUGACCAUUGUACUAUACAAAAAAAGAUAGGGUAUUCUCCUCAGGAUGUUAUCAGUGCUAUCGAUUCUUCAGACAUUGAGCAGGAGAUUGCCAUGAAGGAGAAGUUAUUAAAGUUCCAGCAAUUUUUGGCUAAUUUCGAGGGGACAAUGCUUGUGGAGAUGAGUAAAAAAUGGCCUCUACCAGUGGCUGUUGAGAUGAACCAAGGUUGCUCUGCAUCGGAUGCUUGCUUGCUUCUUAAAAGGCUGAAAUCCACCAGUCCUCGGUCACAGAGCACAUCCCGUUCGAACCCUAUAAUUAACCUUUCUCCGUAA